UGGCAAUAAGCCAUUGGCCAAGAUGCCAUGGCAGUGACCGGCGGAGAAGAUGGUGGGGAGAAACAUGCAGGGACAGAUAUCGAAGCGCUGGAAGGAGCACUCAUUGAUUGGAUCAACACCUGCUGUCCAGAAGCAGAUGUUGAGGAGUUCGAUGACCUUGCAGAUGGAGCCAUCCUAGCAGACGUCUUGCAGCUCUAUGCUCCUGACGUGGACCCCACAAAUAGUGCAGCAGGUAGCGCCAAGCGUCUACACAGUUGCCUCAGCAGCUACUUUGGCGAAAGAAUUGAGCUGCCAAGGUUGGCGGGCAACAUGCAUAAUGGUGCAUUUUGCAAGCCAAAGCUUUUGCGGUCCUUGACGGAAGCCGUACUGCUGGCUGCUGUGGAGGGGCCACAGAAGGAGGAAGCUGUGCAGGCCAUCAUGAACUUGGAUGAGAACAAGCAGAUGGCCCUGGGCAACGCCCUGCAGCGGCUGAUGGCUCACUCUGAAGCCGCUGAUAGCAAGGAAGAGAUUUUGGAGACUGGCGAAUCCAAUCCGCCAACGCCUCGAGCACCAAGUGGUGUUUCAGAAUACAAAUCUUCAGCCGAUGUUCUACAGGAUGAAAUCCAGGAAAUGAAGCAUCAAUGCAAAUCAGAGAUGAUUGCAGUCGACUCGCUCGAGAAUAGUGAGAAGGCACUUCAAGCUCAGCUCCGUGCGAUCAUGGCUGAUUUUGCAGCUGAAGAGGAGCAAGCAGCGGAGACGAUGGUGUCAAUCCAGAAAUGGCAACGACUCUAUGGAGAUGAAAUGAGACAGAGAAAGGCUGAGUGCAGCUUCCUGCAGCAAGAGCUGCAGAAGGAAGCCGAAAAUGCGAAGGACUUACCACAGCUUCAGUCAAAGCUGCAGCUACAGUUGGACCAAGAGCUCCACGCGUGUCGUGAGAUGAAGGACAACACUGAAUACUUGGAUGUCGAAUUCCGUGAGGCUGCGCAAUCCAAUGAGAAGGAUGAUUUGUCUACGGUGAAAGCGGAGAUGAUGGCAUCCCAAAUGCAGCAGAACAUGGUGCUUCGCAAGCUCCAACGGGCAGAGGAGGAGGAGAAAGAGCAGAUGCACAUUGCGAAAGGCCUGUGGGAGAACUUGCACAUGACAGAGGUGGCUGCUUCCAUGCACGACAACACCCUGCGUCAGGUGAGGCGGGUGGCUGAGAAGGAAGAGGAGACGGAAGCCGAUGUUUUGGGUUUGCUGGAAUUUCGCGAGUGUGAAAUGCGGCAGCUGGAGCUCUCUUUGGGAGAGUCUGGUACUGCGGGUGGACAAAUGGGCAACAAUCGUGCAAGUAUAGCUGGACCAGGGGCAGAGCUGCUUCACUCCGCGCCUGAUAUGGCAGAGUUGCGAUCCCUUCUCAAGGAGCUUGGCCAGAUCGCUCGCAAACAUGGCACCGCGCAAACUGAACUAAGCCAACAGCAGCAACGCACCCGAGAUUUAGCGCAUCGUUUGCAGCAGCUUGAAGACGAAAGCGCUCAGCAUCAAAACUCGGAGGCCAUGGCACUGGCAGAAUUUCGCACACGACGUGAGGAGGAACUGCACUAUAGUUCUGAGCUGCACGAACGUUCACAUAGCCAGUCAAUGCCGCCUGCUGCAGGGACUGCCUCAGCCAAGACAAGCGGGGCAGAUGUUCCCAAGGGAGCAGACGGGGAAACUGCAGAAUUGCAGACUCGACUCGUUUCCCUGCGAAGCCGGGCUGCUACCAUGCUGAAGGAGGAGAACGAAGCUGCGACGAAGCUUGCAAAAAUGCAGCAGGAGGAGAACGAAGCAGCUGCAAAGCUUUCCAAAUUGCAGCAGGAGGAGAAGGAAGCAGCUACCAGGCUGUCUGAAACGCAGCAGGAGGAGAAGCACGCAGCUACCAAGCUGAUGGAAACGCAGCAGGAGGAGAACCAAGCAGCUACAAGGCUGUCUGAGACACGACAGGCUAUCUCGAAAACUCAGGAAGCACAGGCGCAAGCCAGACUGAAAAGGCAAGCCGUCAAGCAGAAGGCUACCUCCAAAGUUGAGGAAGCCAUGUCGGCCAAUGAGCCGAAGAAAGAGCAUGAAAGGCUGGGGAAAGAGGAGGCAGAUAGUUCCAAGAAGGGACACCAGAAAGUUGAAGAUCAAGCCCGGCUGAAUGUGAACCGCAGUGAAGCGACAAGCCAGAAGGAAGAUAUUCAAUCCGCAAGACUUUCAGAGACUCUCAAGGUCAUAGCCAAAGCAGAGGCUGCAACUGACCUUGCAUCAGCGAAGGAGCAUGCCAAGCAAGCACGGCAGCAACUUGAAGAUCAAGCCCGGCUGAAUGUGAACCGCAGUGAAGCGACAAGCCAGAAGGAAGAUAUUCAAUCCGCAAGACUUUCAGAGACUCUCAAGGUCAUAGCCAAAGCAGAGGCUGCAACUGACCUUGCAUCAGCGAAGGAGCAUGCCAAGCAAGCACGGCAGCAACUUGCUGAAGAGCAAGCCCCACUGAACGUGAACCGCAGUGAAGCCACAAGCCAGAAGAAGGGGGAGAAGCCGACAGCAAAGCGUUUUGAGCUCCCGAAGGCCUCCAAAGAACCAGCAGCAAAAGGGCAGCGCCAGCUAGAAGUGAAGGCAGAAGCGCAAAAGGCUGAGCCAAACAAGGAGGACCAGGAUGCAGAUGCCAAGAACAACAAGGCCUUGCUGAGAAAGCUCCGGCAGCAACUUGCGGAAGAGGAACGGAAGCUAAGGCAAUGGGACACAAAUCAAAUGGAGCGGAGACAAGCUAUGCAUUUGGAGACACAGUUGAUCUCUGACAGCAUUCGAGAGAUCGGAACCCGCUGCCAAAUGCUGGUUGACAAGCACAGGGCCUUGUUGGAUGACAGGAAGCGCUUGGAGUCGGAGGCCUGAUGCAUCCUGAUGCGGUCGACGAUGAGCUGAAGGACAUGCCUGAGAUCUCCGAUGCAUCCCGACCCAGCACGUGAAGACUUGGGUGCCCUUCUUGGGUUCUUGAGACUGAGUGACUGCUCAAUAGUUUUGGUAGUGAUGUGAUUCACAGGACUGGUCAAAAGUGCCACCAAAAACCGCACCUGGGCAAUCUGG